UGUGCGCGGCCCGACGUCUGCGCGUAUUAAUCACAAGCAAUAUUGUUAUCAGAACGAUAUGGUAGUGCAAAGUUCGACCGUCUCGUCGCGCGUAUCGUGAAAAUAACAAUAAAAUAAAAAUUACGAUAAUGACAACGCGUGUGGUGUGUUGAUCCCGAGUUAGGUUCCUCUUACUCAGUCACAUAUCGUUGCCGCACUCGAUUGUCGCGUGUCCAGCCGAUUUUCUGUAGUGCAUUUCCCCGAUGUCCGCGGCCAGUGAUUAUGUCAAAUGAAAAUUCGCGAGUGCUGUGCUGUGUUUUGUGUGUCGAAACCCGUUGUCGGUAGUUGCUCAAUUUCGUUUGUUUGUUUUUUUUUUUUAUCAUUAUUUGUUAUUAAUUUUUUUAUUGUUGUCUUUACAAAGUGAAACCAAAAUCAUAAGCCUUCGCAAAUAUUAACGUCGUAACCAUAUCGUUGCCAAUAUAUUUAUCGUAUUGUUUUAUUAGUGCGUGAGUUGCGAUUAUAAUUUUUUUUUAACCGAUAGCAAGGAAAAUGACUACUCGUUACUACCGUUUGGAUUUUGGCAACAGCUGCAGAGACAGCGACAGCGGCCCAAGAAAAUAAUUUAGGUGUGCGUCCGUCAAUUUUCGCAAAUGACACGACGAACGCGGACAGCACCGACAACGAGAUUGGUGCGAAUAAGACCUUGAGGGGCCUUGAGCCCCUGUGGGAUGGACUGCCGUGGCGACGAGCUCAUCCAACACAAUAACAGAGCAUCGGCACAAGCUGUGCCUUUUCAAUACCUCAUCAACGAACAGGCUAAGUCUAUCCUCGCUCUACAGGAAUUACAGAAUGAGGUCGGUGCGCUGUUGGAGUUUAGGGAGCUCGUCAUGGACACGUUCCCACACCUGCGCCAGAAGCAGGUGUCCAGCCCGGAGCCGAGCUCCGGGUCGCAGGGCGUGGGUUCCGGAGAGAGCCGCUGGGAGCCCGGAGUUCGGGUUCGCCGGAAGCUGGGAUCGUCAUCGUCGGCCGGAUGGAUCGCUGGUGGCGGCGGCGGUGGUGGACUGGCGACGGUGGUCGCGGCCACGGCACCCCGGAGCCGGAGCAACAGUCACGGAAAGGGGCCUAAAAGUGGUGAGCCGGCCACCACGUCCGUGGGCACCGUGCAGGACAGUGGGUUCUGCACGGAGAGCAAGGACAGUAGUUCGACCAGCUCGCGGACCACGAUGACCAAAAACUGUUGCAAGGAUGAGGACGAGCUGUGGAGCCUGCUGGAGGUGAUCCAGGACAAGGGCACCAAGCUCAAGCUGGAGGUGGAGUUCCUGCAGAGUCGGCUGUUGGACGACGAGCAACUGCGGUGGCGGCGACGUCGGCGACGGUUGCGCCGGUGCCGCAGCCUGGACGACGUGAUGGCGCUGUGCGAGGACGGCGAGCGACAGCUACGGGCCACGAUCAGCCGGGACGGUGGCAAGUGGCCGGCGCCGGUCGCCGACGAACGGUACGAUUACAACGUGUUCCGGUUGCACGUAGCCAACCUGAAACGGGAACGGGACGCGCUGCUGGACCGGGUUACCGAGAUGGAGGCGGAGAGCCUGUCGACCGCGGCGCAGAUCCACCGGUUGUUGGCCGAGCUCAAGUCGGUGGUAUGCGAGAACAAGGAGCUGGAGGACCGGCUGUGCGGCAACGGUAAGCCGUGUUCCGCGGCGGCCACGUCGACCGCGAGGAAAUCAUCUAGUCAUAACGGCGGCGGGGGGUUCGCUCCCGUUCAACCGGAAUCGUCGACCACGGGGCCCAGCUCGUCGUCCGCAGGCCGGGACACGUACUACACACCUAGCCAACACUCGGCUUGCAACCUGUCGUCCAUCGAGCUGUGCAAACCGUGUUCGUCCUCGUACAUGGACACGGACGACGACGACCGGCACCGGUCGCGCAUGCUGCUGGUCCGGCCGUCCGACCCCAUAUCCCGAAACCUGGAGGGCCGGGCCUUGUCCCCCCUGCUGCCGGCCGUCGAUAUCGGGUCGCCCACGUUCGCCAAGCGGCUGGGCGCACUCGACGGCAUCGUCAGCAGCCCUGCCGACAGCGUGGGCAAACCCGUGCCCGGGUGUGGUCCCGUGGUCGGCACUCCGCUGCCGAAACGCACGCUGGCUGCUAUACUCAAAACGUUCAAUCCCAUCGAACUCCAGCGGCACCUCAUCACCGUGUCUUACGAGAACAAGAACCUCAUCCGCCAAUUGGAAAUACUGAGCAAAAGUAAAAGCGAUGUUUCCAACGAGCUGAACAAGAGCAAGGAAGAUAACGAAGAACUAAAAUUCCAACUGGAGGAGAAGCGCAUAGAACUGGAAGGGACCAUGGCCCGGGUAAGGUUGUUGCAGUUGCACCAGGAGCAACAGCAGCACGGGCCCGUCGUGAGUCAGCCGUCGGGGACUAUAGCCGUGGCAAAAAACACGGCCACCGAUCAGUGGUUGGACCUAGUGCCAUCGAACCCGAUCCUACCUCAGAUCGCGUUGCCCGGUAAUCCCCCAUUGGCUACGGUGACCUCUUCGCACCACCAUCAGAAUCACCAGCACAUGCAUCACCACCAAGACGAAAACGGCGGUAGUAGUAGCACCGAGUCGGCGCAUCAGGCGCGCAGCGGUAGCAGGCCACCUAGCAAAAUCCCAGUGGUCAAGCCAUCGUCGCACUCGGUGCCCAGGCCUCCGUUGUCGUACCGCGAACAACACCACUAUCACCAUGGGAACCGGGACCCGUUCCCGUCGUGGAACAAAUCCAAGUCGGACCAAUCUUCGUUACCCCGGAACUGGGAAUCGAUCGGCAAGAUCAACGGCGGCGGGUCGUCCAUCGGCAGUGGUAGUAAACAGAGAGGAGGAGGAGGAAAACAGGACUCGCUGCAACAGCAACAGCAGCUGGAUGGCAAGCAACAUAGGGCUCGCAGGGACUCGGGGAGUGGCGGCACGUCUCUGACGCGAGCCAAAUCACAAAACCAUCACCACCAGCAGCAGCGUGCUGCCGCCGUUUCGGCAGGGACCAAAGACUUUAGGGCCGGCGGUGGAGGCCCGACCGCAGCCGCCUCGUCCCCGGCAGCAGCGGCCGACGAUACCAAUAAGAGCACCACCAAGAAACUAUUCCGACGCCGAAACCUCGUGCGAUCAAGUCGUUGUCUGAUCGAUAACAAGAAGACGGUCUUACCGGCGGUCGACGAGGUUCAAGAACCGCCCGACUCCAUGGCCACCGCGGCCGCCAAACUCCGCGACCAAAACGACGACGACGACGACGAACAGCAGCGCCACCAACACGACGACGACGACGACGACGACAACGGCGAGUUUUUUUUCGACAGCAUCGAGAGCAGCCUGGCCACCAGCGCCAGUUCCAAGCGACCACCGCCCGAAUGCGACUCCAUUGACUUAUCGCAACCCGACUCUUCGUUACCGGCCGCUUGACUGGCCGUCCGCAAUCACGACGGCCGCGGCCGCGAGUACUCAGCGUCGUCGUCACGCACGAUCCCGACUCGAAAAAAUGUUUUGCCAUUUUUUACCCUAUCCCUUCUCUCUCUCUCCCCCUCCCUGUGUCCCAUGGUUCGUCCUUGUUUACAUAUACGUGCCCUCGUCCUUUGACGGCGAUAUUGCCAUAGCACACGUACGCGCACACGUACACGAUAGUAUAUUUAUUAUACGAUACGUUUUAUUUUUCACGUAUCAAUACAUAUUAUAUUUGAAAACGAGACGCGAAACCGUUCGUAUUGCCAUCCCUGUACACGACCUCGUGUGUCCCGUAUACUUAAACACGAUACGCGUUACAUAUAUUCCUGUCCGUUCACGUAUACGUGUACGAACAUAUAUUUAAACGUUUUAUUAUAAUGUAUACCUAUGUGUAUAUAUAUAUAUAUAUAAUAACUGUUUUGAUUUUCAUUGAUUGAACGGUGCUCUACGGUCGGAGAAGAAAUUUGAAUUUACAUUAUUAUCAUUACUAUUAUUUUUAUUAUUAUUACUAUUUUCAUUAUUAUUUUUACUACACGUGUACCCAAAUAUUAUAUCGUCGGAAGAAGAAAUUAAGCGUUCUUGAAUUUUUUUAUUUUUAUUUUUCGUUUCAUCCGCCUCCACGACAUUCCAGAAAUCAAUAUUAUUUUAUUGUUUUCUAUUUAUUAUAUAUUUAUGUUAUUAAUUUAGACUGAUUAUUGUGUAGUUGUAAUUGUGAUUCGAUCCGGACUUCUGACUUUUACGUAUUCACUCACCUUCGCCAUCGUGCAAAAAUACAAUUACUUAAUUUUUUUUUUUUUGAAUUUAUCCUCAUACAUUAUUCGUCUUCAAAACUGUUAGUUUGUCUUUCGCGCAAACUUAACAUGGUUUUGAAACCCCACAAAAACAAUACACGUGUAACCUGUGAAGACAGUUGUAUUCGUCCACUUAUCAUAUUAUACAUCCUUGUCUCUGUUUCUCUUUAAACCCAUUUUUAUUAUUAUAUACGUAAUUUUUAUUGAAUGAAAACAAAGCUCACUGAAAAAAAAUUAUAUUUUGUAGA